UCGGUCUGAACGAGAACAAACAUAGCUUGGGAUACGGUUUUGGAAACAAGGAACUUAUCUUUUAUAUCAGCAAUAAAUACUUUUUCAAAAAGCAAAAAGUUAAAUAGAGUAUCACAGUGUGAGUCAUAAUACCCAUAAAACCAAAGCAGUCAAAAAAAGGAAAUGGUUCCAAUUGUUUUUCCACAAUGUUUCCCAUAGUGGAUUUGAGAAACAUUUAAAAUAAGGGCUGUGUUUCGUGUAGGCCUACCCUGGGGUAACAUUUAGAUAAUUGUGUAAAUCUCUCUAGGACAAUGUGACUUGCCUGUAUCUACCCCCACCAAAUGAAACGCUAAUUAGUUGCUAAUGUGGCUUUCAUUAAGCACAAAUGCCAUGAUGAUCUGGAUAAGACUGCCUAAUCGAGGCAAAGACACCCAGCUGCAGCAGCUCCCAGCCUGUGGAGAACAGGUUCCCUCUGAGCAGGAGGAGUGGAUCCACAGUCUGGGCCAGGAGGAUCCACAGUCUGGGCCAGGAGGAUCCACAGUCUGGGGCAGGAGGAUCCACAGUCUGGUGCAGGAGGAUCCACAGCUCGUACACAUUAAAGAGGAACAGCAGGAACUCUGGACCAGUCUGGGGGAAGGUCAGGAGUCUGACACCACAGAGUUCAUAUUCACUUCCGCUUGUGUGCAAAGUGACUGUAAUCAGGACCCACCUCAGCCCUCACAUCUCUACCAGACCCAGAGUACCAGCACCUCAUACGAACAGUUGAAAAGAGGAACUAGAGAGGACCGUCAACUAUUAGAGACACCCAGUGCUUCUCAGCCCAUCUCUGCAGUGAAGUCGAUCCAUCCUAGUUCUCCCUCUAAGAGUCGCUGUAAGGUGUGUGGGAAAAUGUUUCUCAUGAAAAGCUAUUUCUUUAAACAUGUGCGAAUGCACACCAAGAUGAGAGAACGUGUCUGUGGGGUGUGUGGAAAACAGGUUGAGGUAGAGGCUAUAAAAGAUCACGUUGAAGCUCACAUCGAUGCUCAGUUUACCUGUCAGUUCUGCAGUAAAGGUUUCACUAAGAAUAAUGCUCUGAGGUUACACAUGAGGAUCCACACAGGGGAGAAGCCCUACCGCUGUUCUGUCUGCGGCAGAGGGUUCGCAGGAGCAACCAAUCUAACCAAUCACAUGAGGAUCCACACAGGGUAUAAACCCCACCGCUGUACUGAGUGUGGAAGGUGUUUCUCUGUCCUGGGUCAUCUCCAGACACACAUGAGGAGCCACACGGGGGAGAAACCCUACCGGUGUACUGUCUGUGGUAAAGGGUUUAGUGUGAGCUGCAACCUGACGCAGCACAUGAUGAUACACACAGGGGAGAGACCUUACCACUGUCCUGACUGUCAGAAAGGAUUCAUCACCAUGGUCCGGCUGAGGAGACAUCAGAUGGCCGUUCACAUGCAGGGAGAAAUGUUCUUCUGCAAUGAACAACAGCUGUAAAACCAUGCAGGCCUUGAAACACACAGUAGAGUACAGAGAGAGACAGAGAUGACAUGAUGAGCCCUGAGGUAAGACACAGAGAGAGACAGCGAUGACAUGAUGAGCCCUGACGUAAGACACAGAGAGACAGCGAUGACAUGAUGAGCCCUGACAUAAGACACAGAGAGACAGCGAUGACAUGAUGAGCCCUGACAUAAGACACAGAGAGACAGCGAUGACAUGAUGAGCCCUGACGUAAGACACAGAGAGAGACAGAGAUGACAUGAUGAGCCCUGAGGUAAGACACAGAGAGAGACAGCGAUGACAUGAUGAGCCCUGACGUAAGAGACAGAGAGAGACAGAGAUGACAUGAUGAGCCCUGAGGUAAGACACAGAGAGAGACAGCGAUGACAUGAUGAGCCCUGACGUAAGACACAGAGAGACAGCGAUGACAUGAUGAGCCCUGACAUAAGACACAGAGAGACAGCGAUGACAUGAUGAGCCCUGACGUAAGACACAGAGAGACAGAGAUGACAUGAUGAGCCCUGACAUAAGACACAGAGAGACAGCGAUGACAUGACGUAAGACACAGAGAGACAGCGAUGACGUAAGACACACAGAGAGACUAGCUUCCACCUGUAAGAGGAGACUUCUUGGUGAAUAAGACAUGACUGAACUGCUGGACUUCAGAUUUAACAGAGAAGUUGGUGGACCGUAUCUUCUGAGCAACAGAAGUCCCUGAUCAUUAGUUAGAACAGUUGUUUCUCAGACUGUUUGAGGCCUGGGACCCCUUCUGUGUGCUAAAUUCAUCAGGGACACCCUCAUCAGAACACAACUAGAGUGAGAUAGAAAAUAGCAUACAAGGAAUUUUACUGUGACUUUGGCAGUGCAUUGUGGGACAAACCAAGUCCCCUGGAAGGAACAUUUUAAAAGGCAUCACAGAAAUGAGCAGUUUUCAAGCUAAUUUCCAUAUACUGUCAUCUGUUGUUGAGAGUAAAACAUCUUGUUUAUAUACUGUCAUCUAUUGUUAAGAGUUAAACAUCUUGUUCAUGUACUGUCAUCUGUUGUUAAGAGUUAAACAUCUUGUUCAUGUACUGUCAUCUGUUGUUGAGAGUUAAACAUCUUGUUCAUGUACUGUCAUCUGUUGUUGAGAGUUAAACAUCUUGUUCAUGUACUGUCAUCUGUUGUUGAGAGUUAAACAUCUUGUUCAUGUACUGUCAUCUGUUGUUGAGAGUUAAACAUCUUGUUCAUAUACUGUCAUCUGUUGUUGAGAGUUAAACAUCUUGUUCAUGUACUGUCAUCUGUUGUUGAGAGUUAAACAUCUUGUUCAUGUACUGUCAUCUGUUGUUGAGAGUUAAACAUCUUGUUCAUAUACUGUCAUCUGUUGUUGAGAGUUAAACAUCUUGUUCAUGUACUGUCAUCUGUUGUUAAGAGUUAAACAUCUUGUUUAUAUACUGUCAUCUGUUGUUAAGAGUUAAACAUCUUGUUUAUAUACUGUCAUCUAUUGUUGAGAGUUAAACAUCUUGUUCAUAUACUGUCAUCUGUUGUUGAGAGUUAAACAUCUUGUUCAUGUACUGUCUGUCAUCUGUUGUUGAGAGUAAAACAUCUUGUUUAUAUACUGUCAUCUGUAUUGUCACAUCUGCUUAAUGUUGCUAACCUAAAAUCUACAGUGAUUGGGGAUCUUUCACUAUUCUACCUAUUUGACUUUAACUUGAGAAUAAAAUGUGUUGUUUAAAUAGUGUAA